CGGUAUCAGUAGUCGAGUAGGUACAACUCGGACAAUCUUCGCAAGAAAGUCUCAAGCUCGUCCCAGCGACUUCCUCCACUUCGUCAUCAUGUACAAGUGCACCGGUCUUCUCGCCCUGCUCGUCGUCUGCGUCGCCGCAGCGCCCGCUCCUGGCUAUCUGGCGUCCGCACCCGCUGUCGCGUAUUCGGCGCAUCCUGCACCCAUCGUCCACGCGGCUGCUCCUCUCGCCUACGCCGCUCAUGCAGCUCCAAUCACCUACGCCGCGCACGCAGCACCGCUGGCCUACUCCGCUCCGCUCGCAUAUACCUCGCACAAUGCGCAUCUCGCCUACGCCGCACCUGCUGUCAGCUACAUCCACUAAUUCUAAGGUGGAUCAUGAUGUAAGAAUGUACAGAUGUAUCACUGCGCGUAAUGGCGAUAGCAAUACUGGAAACUACCAAUCAAAUUUGGGUCCAAAUUCAUAUUCCUAUUGCACAUCCUCGGGACUGAUACACCUUGUCUUUUUAUAUCAUGAGAUGGACCUGCAGGACGUACUUUCCUUGGGAGCACGACAAGGCCCAAUCUUCUAUUGUCCGAGCGACAAUCCCAACAACAAUUGUCUGGAUAUCUUUUUUUCUCGACAGAGAGGAAAAUAAUACGUAUAUAAUUUUUUUUUAUACUUAACGCACAUGCAGGGAUAAAAAUAAAUUGAUAUUUCAUUUAAUU